AUUCGGGAAGGGUUUACGAAGUGGCACGAUUGCAGGGCUUUAGUAUCGGUCCCCAGCCCACUUCCCCUCGCAUACUCCGACGCACCCUGGGCUCGCUCGCCCUCUCUCCCGUUCAUCGCAGCGAGUCCCCGGCCGGGCGGCCAUCGCAGAUUACAGCGGCGGCCAUCGACGAGAUGGGUGCGCGCGGAGGCUGCGCGCGGCUCUCCCUGGCCUUUGCCUUCCUCGGAUGGCAAGCGCUAGGCACAUGGGCGGGCGGCCAGCAGUACUUCCGCGUGCGUCCCCGCGACACCCAGGCAGUCGAGGGACAGACGACCGAGCUACAGUGUCACGUGGGCAACCUGGCCGGACCCGUUCAGUGGAGCAAGGACGGCUUCCUCCUAGGUUUUGACCCGUCCAUACCAGGAUUCCCGAGGUACACAAUGAUCGUAGACAAUCAACGGGGUGUCUAUAACCUGCGCAUCACCAACGUCCAGAUGGAAGACGAGGCGGAAUACCAGUGCCAAGUGGGACCAGCCCACAAGAAUCAUGCCAUUUGGACUGCUGCUCGCAUCACAGUGCUCGUGCCGACCAAAGAGAUCGAGCUUCGCCACCGGGGAAAUGGCAGCGUAGUGGAAGUCAGAGAAGCCGAAAGCCUCGUCAUCGCCUGCUGGGUACGCAACACCAAGCCCGCAGCCAACAUCAGAUGGCUACGGAACUCCCUGCCACUCGCACAAGAAAAAGUGCUGACGAGAAAGAAUGCCUCCGGGGAGAAGCUAUUUUCCGUUUACAGUUCUGUCACGCUCUACCCAAAGCUGGACGACAAUCGAGCAGUGUACAGCUGCGAAGCAACGCAUCCUGCACUUGAGAGCCCACUGCAGGCGUCAGUCACUGUCAGCGUGCUAUAUCCUCCAGGUGCUCCCGAGAUCGAGGGCUACCACGAGGGCGACAUCGUGCAGGUCGGACAGCUCACGCUGGCGUGCAUCUCGCGCGGCGGCAAUCCACCGGCCUCGCUCGCCUGGAGCCGCGACGGCCGGCCGCUGAGGGCGCGCUAAGCGGCCUCGCGCGAAGCCACCAGCGCCUACACGUUCACCGUGACGGCAGCCGACAACAACGCCGUGUACCGAUGCGAGGCCAGCAACUUGGUCACACUGCAGCCAUCGCAGGCGUCGGUCACGCUUAGCGUGCUCUGUGAUCCCCCCGCUCGAGUCUUCAUGACGGCACCCAAGGAGGCCAAAGCCGGCGACUUGGUGACCGUGUCGUGCACUACGGCGCCCAGCAACCCGGCGGCCGAAGUUUCCUGGCGGCUGGACGGUCGCGCCGUGCAGCCUGCUUCCGACCAAUCGACGGUGCAGAACAAGAACGGCUGGAUCACCUCUUCCAACCUGACCAUCACGUUGACAAGGCAGGAUCCCGACGUCAAGUCUUUCACGUGUAUAGCGAACAACAAGCUGCAGGCAACAGUCGUCCAAACGGUGACAGUCAAAGUCAUAUAUCCCCCCCGCGCGCCUGUGAUAAUCGGCUACGACGAAGGCACCCCUAUCGUGGCCAACUCGAUACAGCGCAUCAAGUGCGUCUUCGGGGGAAACCCGCUGCCAUCGGUCAAGUGGUACAAGGGCACCAAGGAGUACUCAUCGCUGUCUACGGUCACAGGAAGCGGAGUGUCGAGUGUGUUGGAAAUCAUGGCUCAGCCGGACGACAAUCAGGCGACGUUUCAUUGCAAAGCCUCCAAUUCGGCCACAACGGAACCUCUUACUACGUCAGUCAAGACGACGGUUCUCUUUCCUCCUAAAGUUGUUUCCAUAACGGUGGUUCCACAAACUCCCAAAGAAGGCGAUACGGUGGUGUUGACGUGCGAGUCCGGCAGUUCGAACCCGGAGAGCAGCAUCCGCUGGGCACGGUGGCAAGGCGACGCGCAGCCGACUGCGGCUCAACGGACGGCGGCCGACGACGGGGCCACGUUCACCUGCCUUGCCUCCAACCAGGUGCAGCCGGCGGCCACCAGGAGCGUGGCGCUCAGAGUGCGACACAAGCCACUGUUCCUGCACCCGGCCGUGGCAAAACACGAGGUGAAGGAAGGCGACAGCGUGCUGCUGAACUUGUCCGCGAAGGCUUACCCUUCGAAGAUAAGCUACGCAUGGACCAAGGAAGGGUUUGUGCUGCCUCAGGAGUCGUGGCGGGAAGCGCGUAGGGUUUUCCACCGAGCCUCGGAGCUCGUCAUCAACCACGCGCAGAAGGACGACAGCGGACGCUACGAAUGCGAAGCCCGGAACAGCGUCGGGUCCGCAAAGGUCGCCGUUGUCGUCAAAGUGCACUACCCUGCGCGCAUCACCAAGAUAACGGAGCAAGUGCUGGCCGGUGCGGGCGAGAACGCCUCGCUGGCAUGCGCCGCGGACGCGGACCCACUGACGGACGAUGUGGUCCGGUGGCGGCGACCAGUCGACCUCAGGCACCGCGCUAAGCUGCUGCUCGAGCGCGGCCGUGCCUUCCUCACGGUGUUCAACGUGAGCAGGGAGGACGAAGGCCUGUUCGAGUGCGUCGCCCACAACGGACUCGGAAGCCACGUCGCACGCGCCGCCAGGCUUAUCGUGAAGUUCAAGGCGGCCAUGCUUCAGGCCCGCGAGACGACGCUGGCGGCCGAAUUGGGCCGGCCGCUGUCGCUGUCCUGUGCUGCCCAAGGUGCACCGGUGCCCGCGUUCGUCUACACGCGGCGAGUCGUGCGCAGCGAGCAGGAUGACGUGGUGCGCUGGAAGUCCACGUUGUCCGUCGAGAGGGUCGAGUCCGGCGACUACGGCCGCUACACGUGCACCGCGCGCAACGAGCUCGGCUCCGACUGGUCCCGCUUCACGGUGCUACCCAGGGGCAAACCCGAGCCGCCCACGGCCGUGCGUGCGCUGAACGUGAGCCACUCGAGCGUGCUGCUGGUGUGGUCUCCCGGCUUCGACGGAGGCCUCGAGCAGCAGUUCCGUGUGCGCACGCGGCGGCUCGGAGGAGGUCCGGGCUCCAUCCGCUACGAGCACACUGCUGCGGCACAGGGAGUUUCCGAGCUGCUCGUGAUGGGACUCGAACCCGGCGUCGAGUACGCGUUCAGCGUGCAGGCGCGCAACGCGCUCGGCGAGAGCACCUUCAGCCGCGAGUCACCCGCCGUCACGACGAAAGCGUUCAGCUGGCCUCACAGCGGAGCCGUCAUGGACGCACUGGGUGGACGCCAGGCGACGGUGGCACAGUACCUGCUCGUCACCGUGGCUGCAUGCGCCACGCUGCUACUCAACGGACUUCUGGCCGCCUGCCUCGUACGCCGCCGUCGGAGGAGGAGACGGCGGCUUGCCGCAUCUGAGAAGAAUUCUGUCGGCCCUUCAGCGGACAUGCAAUUCUGCAAUUCGGCAAGCCACGAGUCCACCUCGACGGACCCAUGGGCGACGAUGAUGUUACGUGGCCACGCCAUAACUGAGAUACCUCCUAGCGAAGAAGAACCAACCAUUGAUGAGACCGAGCAGUGCUGCACCGGUGUCAUCUAUGCGCCCUCGGCAGCAGCCCUUCCACACGAGUCGUUCGACCAUAGUGAAGCACUGCUACCGCGAAGCUCAAGUCACGCACCGUGUGCGCAGGACUCCAUUGUGCGCGCAGUACCCAGCCAUCCGCAGACUGCGGCGGUCAGCUGCGUUCUCGGAAAGCUGGGCAGCCACAUGGUGUGA